CAACGUUUGUUAAGAUUUCUACUCGAAAUAUUUUCAACUGCCACAAAACUAUUGAGAUAUCUGUAUAUCUCAGUCAUGGCAUCUACUCCGGCAGCUGGGCAAGCCCCAAGCCAUACCUAUGUCCCAAACCAGGGCUAUGAGGCUACCCCGCUAAACCCAGAAGAUAACCCCGCACGUGCGGCCGCUUUGGAGGGGCAAGAAGGCGAAGAAGAGAUCGAGGAAGACGAAACCUACGACGAUAUUUUCGACGAAGAUGAGGGUGCUUUGGAUGAUCUAGACUGGGACCCCAAUAGCUCUGAUUUAACAAAAUCUUAUAACCGCCAGAGACAGCUACACUCCAACUCCGCGAACCUCCCGAAAAUAAACUCACAAUCGAAACCGAUAGUAAACGCCAAAGCCAGCGUUGACGACCAAAUUACGAGUCUCACAAAGCAUGCUGCGAAGAUUCGCCUCGAUGGAGGCACGGGAGGUCUCAGCAAGGACUCCAAGAGUCAUGAGAAGGACAAGUCAGACCGUGCAACCAGCGAGCAAGUUCUCGAUCCCCGCACACGAAUGAUUUUGCUGCAGAUGAUCAACAGAGGUGUUGUCUCCGAAAUAAAUGGCUGUCUCAGUACUGGAAAGGAAGCCAACGUUUACGGCGCCCUUUCCGUCUCACCACCUACUGCCGAAGACCCAGAGCCAACCCCUCUGCACCGUGCCAUCAAGGUGUAUAAGACGAGCAUCCUGGUUUUCAAGGAUCGCGAUCGCUAUGUCACCGGCGAGCAUCGCUUCCGUGGCGGUUACAACAAGUCCUCGAACAGAGCCAUGGUCAAGGUCUGGGCAGAGAAGGAGAUGCGUAACCUAAGGCGCCUGUUCGCCGCUGGCAUUCCUUGCCCAGAGCCGAUAUACCUUCGCCUGCACGUGCUCGCCAUGGAGUUUCUUGGUGAUAAGAAGGGAUGGGCUGCACCCCGCCUGCGUGAUGCAGAGAUGCACGGUACGGCUGAUGAAGUGGAUGAGCGCUGGAGAGUACUGUAUCUUGAACUCGUGGGUUUGAUGGCGAAGAUGUAUCAAGUCUGCAAGCUUGUACACGCUGAUUUAUCCGAGUACAAUGUGUUGUAUCACAAUUCAAGACUUUUUAUUAUUGAUGUCUCGCAGAGUGUAGAGCAUGAUCAUCCGAGAUCGCUGGAGUUCUUGCGCAUGGAUAUCAAGAACGUAUCAGAUUUCUUCAGACGCAAGAACGUCGACACGCUAUCGGAGCAGGCGCUCUUCAGUUUCAUUACCACCGGACCUUAUUCCGAUGCCACAGUUACAUCACGCCUAGAGGCUCUUUUCGUGGCCAAGGCCAAGGGCGAAGCGGAAGACGAGGCGGCGGGUCUCGCAGGAGAUGCUGAUGAGGUUGCUGCCAGGCAACAAGUCGAGAACGAGGUUUUCAGACAGCAGUAUAUCCCACAAACCCUCGAGCAGGUUUAUGAUAUUGAGAGAGACGCUGCACAAGUUGGGAAGGAAGGAAAGAGCUCCCUGGUGUAUGCUAACCUAUUGGCCGAUAAGACUGCUGGAGCGCAAGACGCGGAUGGGACUGCAAGCGGCACCAGCAGCGACGAUGACGAGGAAGAUUCGGAGGACGACGAGAGCCGAUUUGAGAAGGGUACUCCGAGAGGGAAACGAUUCGAGGAUAAGGAUCAGAAGAAGGAGCACAAAAUGGCAGUGAAGGAAGAAAAGCGCGAGAAGAGGAAGGAGAAGAUCCCAAAGCACAUCAAGAAAAAGCUCAUAAAUUCCAGUUCUAGAAAGAAGUAGAUAUAACCAUAUCUCACGAUGAAAUGACAAUAGAUAUUCAAAGCGAUAGAUUCUUAUCAUAUAUAUUGAG